AUGGCCGCCAACCAGCCCGCGGAAACGGACUUGGCGCGUGAGGCCCCUUUCGCGCGCGCAGUGGAGCGUGUGUGCGCCGUAGACUUCCACCAAAGCCUUCCAGAGACGCGCGCGCUGACCAUGGCUGGGGUGGACUUCUCCGCGUGGCACCACGUGUACGCGCGCGCGCGGGAGCAGCGCAGCCGGGGGAAGGCGUUCCUGGCGGUCGCUGACAGGCAGUGGGAGCUCCAUUGGAGCGUGACUCCGCGCAAGGAGGGGAUCUUCGCGUACGUGCCGCAAAAGAAGCAUUUGGGCAUCUGCGAGGACUUUGAGUAUGACGUCAGCGAGGGCGACAGCCACUUCUGCGUGACGUUUGGUUGGGCCAGGAAAACUCUCGGGUCCAAGGGUAUGAGGUCGUGUACCGACCUCGCAAAGCUGCUCACGCUCAUGGAGGUGAAGCUCCAGUCCGACCUGGCGCGCGCGCGGUCCGCGAGUAGCCGCGAAGCGGGGGCGGGCGGUGACGCACGCGGCCUGGCGGAUCGCAAAGCCCUUCAGGAUCUGGUGGACACCGGCGGGUACGGACCGCCAGACGGCUGGCAGGCGAUCCUCCGAGCGCAAGCGACGGCGAACAAGCGGAUCGCGUCGAGGAAGAGGAUUGAGAAUGAACCGAAGACGAACUCCACCGGGCAGACCAGAGAGCACUCCUCGGAGCACGCAUCCGCAAACGACGCGCGCGAGCGUGCAAGCAAGGGAGGGAACCGCGCGGAAAGCGAGCUGGCGCCUGCUGACCCGAAGCGCCAAAAGCGCCCGAAAAGGCGGGCCGAAGCGGACGCGGCGUUUGGCCGUGCGGCACCGUCCCCGGACGCUGCAACGGGGGCAUCGGAUAGCAGCCGCACACGGCAGUCCAUCCGGACGGCUGGGGGACCGGAUGCCGCAGGGCGCGCCGGCCCGGGUUUUUCGGACGCCGGGCUCGACGUUGGAGCCGAGGCUCUGAAGACGGUCUUCUUCAGCUUCGCGGAGAAGUCUGCCGAAAGGAUGAGAGUGAAAAAGGUUUGA